AUGUCUUCCAACAAAGAAACCAGCAGCCCUACCGCCGACCAGCUCCUGGAAGGCCUGACAACGCAACAGCGAGCACGCCUGCAUCAAUUCAUGGCAAGCCCGCUUGAAGCACUUAAUCGCCAUGAGAAGCAGGGUUCGGUGAAGGGACCCAAAGAGGGGAAGCAGGGAGCGGACCCUUCAGUCACCGAACCGGCAAAUGCCAGCAAACUGGGACAGUCGGAUCCAGAGCCUUCUCUCACUCCAGACCUCAACCCACUGCUGCUUGGAGGAGAUCCGCCAGAAACAUUCCGGAGCCUCGCUACAACUACAGAAAUGGAGCACACAACCGCCACGGAAGCCGUACUGCAGCCUUUCCGUACCGACUACCUCCCCAUGCCAGAUGCAGACGAGCCGCUAUUCCUGCCCGCUGAUGCGCAGCGUCAUUGGUAUCUCGGGUACGUGCAUGUGUGGAAAGAAUUCCAGCACGAAGCCAUAGCGCACUGGAACCACGACGAUUGCAAGAGCGCGUUCAAGGAGAUGGAAAACCGCCACGUCGAUGAGGCGCGCCCCGUCGACAGCGAGACCCUUGAAGACAGCAAGGGUGCAGCGAAGCUGCAAGACCACUUUCAACGCGAAGUGCUGGAGAUGGUGGAGAAGAUAUACAACACGCUUCUCGCCACCACAACCAUGCAAGAAGCACUGGCCGAGAAUAUCCCGCAGGGCAUAUGGAUCGAGAGCACAGCAGUAAGCGCGGACCCUGCUACAAAGAACUCCAGGCCCGCCUUCAUGCUUCGCGCGAGGUCUGCCAACGGCAAGGACGAAACGAGACUCCUCGGACACACCGAGUAUCUCGGAGGACGGCGUGGCGCGCUGACUCUGGCAAUCAAGGAAGCAGCAAGGAAUACAUGGGGCAGUCUGCGUUGCGUUCUAGGCGACAUCACGCGCUGGAUGCUCGCGUGCGACACCAAAUACGGCUUCAUCAUCAGCAGCGACGAAAUCAUCUUCCUCCGCUUCGACAUUGUCAAGCGUAGCAUCAAAGUUAAUGUGGCGCGCAAAGGGGACCCGCCGCGAUUCGAAUGGGUGGAUGUCAUGGCGGAGCCAAAUCUGUUUUACUCGCCUCCUAUCAAGCAUACUGAUGUGCUGGACGAGGAAAAGGGCACGGUUUCGGUCAAGCUCGCGCUGCUGCAUCUGAUUCAUACGACUGUCGCGAGCGAGUUCAAGAUGCCGGCUGAGAAGGGCAAUUGCGCAAAGUACUUCCCACUGGGGAAUGCUGGCGAGAAGUUUCGGCUGUGA